CCAGCGUGCACUUCCGGUACUUGUCUCCUGAGCUCCUGCGGUGGUCAGUAUCUUGUUUAGCUUUCACUGGCCCUUCGUGCGGCUGGUGGAUGCUGCUGUACACACCUCUACUGGACACAUGCCAUUUUAAUCCGGUGCUAAAAACACAGCGGCGGGAUGAGUGUUCCAGCUUUUGCCCCUCCCUCUGCGGAUGUGGCGGAGAUGAACCGUAUCCACUAUGAGCUGGAGUACACAGAGGGCAUCAGCCAGCGCAUGAGGAUCCCAGACACACUCAAAGUGGCCCCUGACAGCCAGCCGGGGCCCCUGCCUCUACAGCAGCCUCUGCCCCACACCACCAUAAUGCAGGUGCCUGAGAGGAUCAUUGUAGCAGGAGAUGAAGACGACCCUCGGUUCUCUCGUCCCAGAGACUUGGACCUGAUCCAGUCAGUCCCUCAGGCAGAUCUGUUGAACAUGAAAGCCCCUCCUCGUGUUCUCACUCUGUCAGAGCAGCCUCUGGACUCACUGGAGACAGAGGAGACCCGCACACAAAACAACCAACAGGCACAGCACGCUCGCUCUCGAAGGGAGCGCAGUGUGAGCGACAACAUUUCUGGUCGUCAUGGUAGCCAGUACAGUGCCAGCCCCUCUCCCUGUGCCCCUCCCAUGCGCCCAUGCCCUCCUCUGUCUUCGCCCGAGGAUGCCAACGUGAACCUGUUCACCGCCGCCGGGUUCCUCUCGUAUGUUCAGUCCACCACACGCCGCGCCUACCAACAAGUGCUUGAGCUCAUAGACGACAACCAGCGCAGGACGCCUCAUGACCUCGCUCUGGAUUUUCAUGAAGAAUCAAGUUUAGUUGAUGCUUCGUCUCUCCGAAGACAAAUAGUGAAGUUGAAUCGCCGUCUGCAGCUUCUUGAGGAGGAGAAUAAAGAACGUUCGAAGAGAGAGGUGGUUCUGUACUCAGCCACUGUGGCGUUUUGGCUCAUCAACACCUGGAUCUGGUUUCGCCGCUGAACACUUCCUCUGUGUAAUAAACCAUAGGCAAGUUUAUGUUGUGUUUUCGUCUCAACAUAUGCGUCUUGACUACUGAUAUUGCAUUUAAAAUAUAUGAUUGUUAUAUAUGUAUUUUCUCGCUAGUAGACUGGAAAACGCAUAGAGCACAGUUGAUAAUGCGGGUUUUGCUUUUUUUAUUUAAAAAAGUCUAUGUAGAAUCAAGUUUACUGAGUGUCUCAUCUAAUGCACUACUGCAGAUAUAGAAAUAUUUUGGUACAUUAAACCUGCAUAUUUAUUGACAUCAUUAAAGGAACUAUGUGUAAGAUUUAGAUUUAAAAUUUCAUAAACAAGACUGUCCUGAGAUAUGAGAUAACAAUGUUCAAAUCAAAUAUAGCUUUUACUGAUAACAAUUGUAAUGCAGAUGCAUUCUUAAAGGUGCAUUAUGCAACUUUUCUGGUGGAGGAUCCAUCACCUGCUUGUUUCUAUGGAUAUGUCACUGCUCUGACUGGAAUGUUCCACAGUAUCACAUUUAACAGCUCUACCUUACAUUUAUUCAAUUACAGGGGGUUUUAUGGCUCAAAAAUGCCUCUAAAAACAGGUAUUCUGACUGUGAGCGGGGUCACCUCGCCAUAGAUCUAACCUGUAACUUGGUCUGGUUUGGUCUCCAUGAAGAUAGAAAUAUUUAAUGCCAUACAGUGAAAUUUCAGACAAAGCAAUAACAUUUCCACAGAGAAAAGCCUUCAGAGAUGGACCCUCCACCAGAAAAAUUAAACAAUGCAAAUUUAAUUAUAAAAACAAUGGAUAUAAUGGCCAAGUUCUUUAUGUUAUAACUUGGCGUUUUGUUUCUCAAGAUAAUUUUCCAAUCAGAAAGCAGACUCACAUGAGUCUUUCAUUUGGGUUGCCAGUUUCAAUAUUAAAAUCCAGUUUAAGCCUAAAAUGACUCUUUACUUAAGCCCCAGCCCCUGCGGCCAAUCAUGAAUCAUGAAUCAGGAAAUAAAUGUCCUCUAUAUGCAGGCUAAAUUAAAGCAAUGGCAACCCAGGCUCGACUGUGAUUUUAAUAUAUCAGUAUAAUAAUGGAGGCUACAUACAGUUCCUUUAAGUGAAUAUUUAAAGAUGCACUGGGUAACUUUUCUAGUGGAGCAUCUGCUACCUGCUUGUCUCCAUGAAAAUGUUAUUGCUUUUUCUGCAAUGUUCCACAGGAUAGAUUAAACCUAUCACGAGGGACACAAGCAGGUUACAGCACAGUGCUACAUUACAGUUCAGAUCUGUGAAGAGUCGGCCCUAUUCACAGAAGGAAUUAUUGUAUUUUUGAGCAACAGAAACACCCGUGAUGAAUAAAUGCUAGAUGGAAAUGUUUAAAGUCAUAAUGUGGAAUAUUCAAGGCAAAACAAUAAUAUCUCCAUGGAGACAAGCAAAUAGCGGACCCUCCACCAGAAACGUUGCACAGUGCGUCUUUAAGAGUAAUAGAACUUGUAUCACAUGUUUCGGGAGAGCUGCCAUGGUAAAAGGACCAAUCCCAAAAAAUAAAAGUGUCAAAAAUAAAUAAGCUAUCGAUGCCAUAUAUUUCCUGAAUGCUGUUUCCCAUAGAUGUCUAAUAAUAAAUAAUAUAGUUUAGUCCACUAUAUUAUUUUUUUGACCUUGUACUUAUAAAACUGCUGUUAAGUUUAUACAAAGUUAUUUAUUUCAAUGCAGAGAGCACAGUUUUCCAUCUGUGUUACCUGCUCUGAGUGGUUACUUUUUAUUAACAAAGUGGUACAUGUGUGUUUUGUACCACUGUUCAUGUUUUAGAUACCAUUAUUUUUGAAUAAUGAAAUGCAUCACUUUUAAUUUAAUAAUUAUUAUUUCAUCUGCAUGGGAGUUGUAAGUUACCAUUUUGUUUUGUCAUAUGUUAUGACAUGUUUGUAUGAAAAAGUGUAAUAAAUGGAUGUUGUUUCUGUCA